AUGAGUUCUACAAACUUGUUUGAAUCAGGGCUUGAAAACGGAUAUCCAAGUAAAGGGACAAAUUCUGAAAGCGACCAAGAAGUAGAUUUGCAAUUGAGCUCAGAUGAUGAGGUUGGAAACUUUAUUGAUGAUAUGGAUACCGAUAGAAGUGGCGAUGAGAACGAAGAAGAUCAGCUUCUAUUCACAUCAUCUGAGAAUGAUGAUGAUGAAAAUAUUGAGGAUGACUAUGAUGAAAAUUAUGAUUUUAGAGAUGCGCUUCGGAGUGCUGGUAACUUUCGAGCUAGGAAUAAAAAAAGGAUAACUACUUCAUCAAAAUCAUAUUGGAGGCGAAAGAUGAUCAAAAGCUCUAAUAGAGAACUAGAUCCAGAAGUUCGUAUCUACCUUUCUCAGGCAAAUGAAGCUUUUGUCAGAAACGAUUUUCUGGCUGCUUCAAAUUUAUAUUUAGAAGUCAUCAAAAAGGAUCCCAAGAACUUUAGUGCUUACAAGACUUUGGGCGAAAUAUAUAAGCAGCAGGGCAAAUUAAAUGAAUGCUGUAGUUACUGGUUACUUGCAGCUCAUAUAAAUCCGUGGGAUAGUCAGUUCUGGGCUAAUGUGGCAGAAUUGAGUACAGAUUUAGGUCAUAUUGAUCAAGCAAUAUUCUGUUAUAGCAGUGCGAUUCAACAUGAUCAUUCGAAGAACAUGAAGUACGUACUUGAUAGGGCACUAUUAUACAAGGAAAAAAAACAAUAUGGCAGAGCCUUGGAGGGUUUACAAAAGGUGCAUGAUAUGUUCCCAACUGACACAAACAUUAUCAAGAACCUUGCAAGUGUAUAUGUCGAACAAAAGAGGUUAAAUGAUGCCAUCAAUUUAUAUAUGCAUAUUCUCGAUAGAAACAUAAAUCCUGGCUCUACUAAAAGACAGAAUUAUUCAAAAUUCGGAUGGGCAGAAUUGAACAUCUUAAGUGAGUUAUAUAUUCAACAGCACGAAUGGAAGGUUGGUGUCAGAAUUAUAAAGUUAGUUUCCAGAUGGAUUCAAAAUAGAAAAAAUGAAACAUGGUGGGACGAAACGGAUGAUGAUUCUGAGUUUGACAAAAGAAGGUUCAAUGUGCUUGAAAAUCUUCCAAAAGAGGAGCAGCUCGUAGCCCAAAAGAAGGUUUAUGACGUGCCCAUUGACAUUAGAUUUAAAAUGGGAAGCUUACGGUUGGGCUUAGAGCAGAAGGAUGAGGCAAUGCGACAUUUUCAAUUUUUGUUGGAGGAAGAAGAAGGUAUUGCCGAUUUACUUUUUGAAGCAGGAAGAGAAUUAGAAGAACAUGGAUUUUAUGAAGACGCAUUAACAUUUUUAACCAAAGCCGCUCAAAGCGACGAGCAGAGUGAUAGCACUGAAUUGACCGCCUUGUUAGGAAAGUGCUUUCUUGAAGUCGGUGAUUAUCAACAAGCGGCGCAAGCAUAUAAAUCAAUCCUAUAUGAGGACCCUUCCAACCUAGAUAACAAAUUAGCUUUGGCGGAGGCUGUGUACCACUUAGGAGAUAUAGAGUAUUCCGCGAGGUUGUUAGAAGAGGUCAGAUCUAGUCAUGGUAUCUCUGCUCUGCAGAACGAAAACACCAAUCAAAGAAUGGAAGGUGAUAAUUUGUCAUUGAUCAAAAGCAAGCAGAUGGUGAAGGCCCCCAAAAAACCUACGGAUCAGGAAAAGGUAGAAAUAGAAAAUAAUGCAAGAAGGAAAGUCAUGGAAAAGUAUCGAAGAAUGGAAAGACUCGAGGAGUCCAUUAUUCAUAAUGACAAGGUAGCUAUAACAGCCUGGAUGCAAUUAGCAUCUCAGUUAGUUGAUAUGUUCAUUAGUGUGAGAAGUUUUUUCCCUCGAGAUAAGAACAGGCUUUUCAAAGGAAUAAUUUUGUAUCGUCGGAAAAAACAGAUGGGUAUCGAUGAGAAAAUUGCUCGUAUCUUUAAUCUCUAUGAGGGGAUGUCUGAUGAUGUGCAUGUCUCAAGACUAUUCUUGACUUCCACGACAGAAUAUCGGGGGCUUACGUAUGAUCAAUGGUUUGUAAUUUUUGUGCAAUAUGCUAUCUUUUUGUUCAAGUUUGAUAAUAACCAUGAGUAUGCUAUUCAGAUUACGGACGUUGCCAGAAGCGUUAGCGUCUUUGCACAGGAUAAAAAGAAGGAAACUAUGAUGAGAUUGCUCCGAUUGUUGUUUGCCGUUCUGCAAUUUGAUACUGGCAAUGUUGUGAUGGGAAAUGUGAGGUUUUUCUUAUCCGCAAAUCAGUUUUCUUCUUUUAUAUAUAAGUUCUUCAUGUUUUGUUUUCCUUCGGGUCUCGAAGCUUGGGAAACCUUCACGAAUUACAAUCAUCAAAAGUAUUUUUUACGUCAGUUGAAGGCUUAUGACUCCGUGAUAUUGGGCAGAAAGACUUCUGGAAUGGCUACAAUUACUGCAAAUCUUGAGAAUACGCAUCUUACCAGGGAGCAUGCCGAGCUAUUAUACGUUUAUGCAAACUUGUUAGGAGGAAGCAGAAGUUAUGUCUCGUCAAUUGUAUAUUUAAACAGAGCAUACAAAGAAUACAAUAGGGAUCCGAUGAUUUGUUUAGUGCUUGGACUAGCACACGUACACCGAUCGAUGCAAAGACUAAGUAACAAUAGGCACUUACAAUUAUUACAGGGGAUCAGCUUUAUUUUAGAGUACAAAGCGCUAAGAGGAGAAAAUGCAACGGACUUUGAGUUGCAGGAAAUUCAGUAUAAUUUAGGAAGACUAUUUCAUAUGAUAGGAUUGACGACGCUAGCCGUACAACAUUAUGAGAAAGUAUUGGAUCUCCAUGACUCAUUGAAGGAAGACGUAGAGUAUGAUCUACUGGUUGAAGCAGCUUACAACUUGUCUCUCAUAUACAACAUCAAUGGUAACCCUAAUCUCGCAAAAGAUAUCACUAUCAAGUAUUUAACUAUUUAA